CAGAAAGAUUUUAAAUGACUGAGUCUUGACAUAUCAUGAUUGAGUUAAUUUCAUAUACCGUUGCAACUACAGAAAAGUAAAUCUGAUGUCUCAUCCUGUACGCCAGAGGGCGGUAGGAUUGUAGGCUCGACUAAAUCUUCCGAAAGCAUCAGACAGGGAAGAAGACUCCACUAUCCGACUGGAGAACAGAAAAACAAACCACAUUCGUGAUAGUCUGUCUUAAAACUACAAAGGGACAUUAAAACGUACCAAACCAGCUUGCUAUCGUUGAUGGUAGUUGACGCUGAGAUAUUUAGAAAGGAAUGUAUAGGUAGAUAUAAAGGUUUAUUUUUGUUGUAUAUUCGAGGAAGUUGACGCGACUCGGGAACAUUAUGGUGCCGUCUUUCAUUUUUGAAGUUAGUAUUUGAAAUCCCUAGGCAGAAACACAAAGCAGAAACGGACAGACUACACGUAAAAGAGCUUUACCUCGCGCCUUGAACGCUUCCCAUCGCAACACACCGGCUGCGAGAGGCUACAGAGGGGUGUCGACAAGAUGCCACAAUCCAGCAAGCGAUCGACAGCAGCCAAGAAAAGAUGGGCUGCACAGAUAGCUGCAAAGGCCACUGUUGAGCUCCGGAGUCCUGGGCUAACUAGAGUGAAUUUUCACCUACCACCACCCCAAUCCCAAAGCCCCCAGACACCUGAAGCAUGCACUGUAGAUAUGCCACAACCCAGCAAGCGAUCGACAGCAGCCAAGAAAAGAUGGGCUGCACAGAUAGCUGCAAAGGCCACUGUUGAGAUGGACGAGAUUGCUCAACAUAUGGACGUGAGUCCCUUGCAAGCCUGCAUCGACCUGGAGAAGGCCACUCAAUUCAUCACACAAGUUUUGCAGAUGGACGAGAUUGCUCAACAUAUGGACGUGAGUCCCAGGCAAGCCUGCAUCGACCUGGAGAAGGCCACUCAAUACAUCACACAAGUGUUGCAGCAUGAAGUAGGUAGGAACCAGGAGUUCUGCGUGUUGAUUCGCCGUCUAGAAGAGAUGGAGGUGGAGACUGGGCGGAGUCUGGCGGAGCAGGCGGAGUCAAACCGACAGCUGAAGCUGAAGAACGAUGAACUGCAGAAACACCUGGAGGAAAAAGACAACUCACUGUCACAAGCCAACCAGACUGUGGCUUUCCUAGAGAAUGAACUGGAGGACUUGCAUCAGCAGUGCCAGACUAAACAUAGGACGUUUCAGGAAGUGAAUGAGUGGCUGCAGGGUGGAGAGAACCAGCUCAAGGUUGAGCCGGUCUCGUUUUAUGGCCAGAGUUCGCCGGUCUCGUCUCACACGCCGGUCUCGUCUCACACGCCGGUCUCGUUUGAUGGCCAGAAGCUGCUGGAGGCUCCAGUCUCUGGGAUUAAAGAAAACGAUGAUGAUGAUGAUGACGAUGAUGAUGAUGAUGAUGAUGGAUAUGGAGAGUACAGUCAGCCUGAAGAGAGAACUGACCCCGGAGCAGAACUGACCCUCUCUUCAGCUGCAGACAUUAAAACUGAACUGAUCCAGGAAGAGUUGGACCAGUCCAACAUGGCUCCAGCCCUCGACUCCAAGAUGGACCCAGUGGUUCUGGCCCAGCUCAUGGGGGUGACUGUGGAGUUGGUGGACUGCUGUAGAACACAAAGAGAAGAGAAGAACACGGAUGGAGUACAGCCCGAGACCCAGGAAUCCGGAAGAUUCUCCUACCCUCUGUGUGACGAAGGCUUCAGCUCCCCGCUCAAGCUGCAUCAGCGCAUCCAUACAAGAGAGAGGCGGCACCACUGCACUCAGUGUGGCAAGAGCUUUACUCAAGAGGGACAUCUCAAACAACAUCAUCUCAUUCACACAGGAGAGAGGCCGUACAACUGCACUCAGUGUGGCAAGAGCUUCAAUCUAGAGGGGAAUCUCAAAAAACACCAGCGCAUUCACACAGGAGAGAAGCCAUACAACUGCACUCAGUGUGGCAAGAGCUUUAUUCGAGAGGGAGAUCUCAAACAACACCAGCGCGUUCACACAGGAGAGAGGCCUUAUCAAUGCACUCAGUGUGGCAAGAGUUUUGCUCUAAAGAGGAAUCUCCAAAAACACCAGCGCAUUCACACAGGAGAGAAGCCGUACAACUGCACUCAGUGUGGCAAGAGCUUUACUCGAGGGGGAAGUCUCAAACGACAUCAUCUCAUUCACAUUGGAGAGAGGCGGCACCACUGCACUCAGUGUGGCAGGAGCUUUGCUCGAGAGGGACAUCUCAAACUACAUCAUCUCAUUCACACAGGAGAGAGGCCGUACAACUGCACUCAGUGUGGCAAGAGCUUCAAUCUAGAGGGGAAUCUCAAAAAACACCAGCGCAUUCACACAGGAGAGAAGCCGUACAACUGCACUCAGUGUGGCAAGAGCUUCACUCUAGAGGGGACUCUCAAAAAACACCAGCGCUUUCACACAGGAGAGAUGCCGUACAACUGCACUCAGUGUGGCAAGAGCUUUAAUCGAGAUGAUAGUCUGAAACGACACAUGCGUCAACACACGGGGGAGAGACCGUAUCACUGCUCUCAGUGUGGCAAGAGUUUCACUCAGCUGCGCAGCCUGAGGACUCACCAGACCAUUCACACAGGAGAACGGCGGCACCAGUGUAUUCAGUGUGGCAAGAGUUUCACUCAAGAGGGGACUCUCAAAAAACACCAGUGCUUUCACACAGGAGAGAAGCCGUACCAAUGCACUCAGUGUGGCAAGAGCUUUAAUCGAGAGGGGAAUCUCAAAAAACACGAGCGCAUUCACGAGUUUACAUUCACAAGUUCAUAUUCACACACAUUAACAUGAGUUAAUCACACACAGGCAACUGUUAAGAUGGUUCCCUAUGCUAGAGAUAGCUAGCGG